CGCUUACCAUUACGAUAAGAGGGGAAACAAAAUCUCCUGCACUGACACGAUAAAAGACAUUUCUUGCGAUUUCAGCGAGUACUACAACAAUUAACGCUUUGUUAACAUUUCCAUGAAAGCAUCAUGGAGCGUCACAUAAUGCCAUGGAAAGCCUUUUUCUCCGUCUUCUUCUUUCCCGGGAUUUUCUGCCAUUCAUUGGCACUAUCACAACCGGAGCUUAACAGGCAAACCAAAAACAAAUGCAACUAUUUGGAAGAGUGUUAUACUUGGACUUCUCUGCCUUCCGGCAAUGCGCUGAACUGUGAUAUGGACGGCGUUCCGCAGACCAACCCCACCGCAGUUCUGGAUCCUUGUCCCGGCUGGUUCCGCACGUAUGUGCUGUAUCCGUAUGGUUUCCAGAUCCUUCCAAGCGAAAUAGACGCCGUACCCGAAGAGAAGCGGUACUCCCAGUUUGCGCGGUCGAAAUGCUACGUCAAAGCUGCUCCCAAUUCCGUCUACCCGAAUAUAAAAUCAGCCGCAAUGCGAUCAGCUGUAUUGCGACCGAAUGGAUGCGUUAAACUGCAAACGACGUUCUGGUACCGGAUGUCUGCUGCGCCGAUCCUCACUGGUGACCGCAACAAAGAUUACUUUCUGGAGUUGGUAGUGCACCAUUCCGCGGAUAAUGCACCUGGUUUCAUCCCGAACUGGCAGAUCUGGGGCAGCUCAAGUGAUUACGCUGCCUUUCCCGGUCCGAAUGAGUGGACAAGGGUCCAAACAGAAUACGCAGACGAUCAGUUUACUCUCAACUUCUACGCGCAUCACGGUGACACUUGUAACACCACGUCCAUCGAUAUAGACAGCAUCGACACCAAAAUAGCAGUCCCAUCGACUUCCUGUACUGUAAUGCCAUCAGUGUCUACCAUACAGGAAGUGAGCGCAACUGCCUUGCCGGACAUCACUACUCUAGCCGCGGCUGCGUUCACAACCGUUACACAACCGGCCACCGCACAGCACUGCGAAUUCGCUCCAGCCGUCGUCGCCCGUUGCCUUAACGGCAAAGUUACCAUGCCCGCAGUGGAACCUGAGCUGAGCGACGCCAGCGAAGCCGUGUAUGCCGGUGACAACACGUACCUGUGUCGGACACAUUUGCACAGCUUGCAUGCAUGGCUCUUGGAACAGGCUGCGAAGACGGUUCCUCACCCACCACCGAAUUCGUUCACCACGGUCAACUGCCAGCGAGGAGCGCUGCAGUUCUCAGCGUCGGACCCGGACACUGCACUGUCCACAGGUUUGCAGUUCCGGGCGGCAUCGGUGGAUGCAAAAUGCCGAAACAUUUUUGCCGGAUUUUUAACACAAUUGGCGUUGCUACGCAUGGGCAUGUAAACCGGUUUUGUAGCAACGGUUUUGUCCCGCGAUUGAAUGAUCUUUUUAAACUGUGUGACCGUACUGGCUCAGUUUUAUCCUUAUCGGUAUCAACUUGCCGUCCCACUGUGCUACAGUCUGUAUACAACGGGAAGAUAAUAAAAGCUGAUUUUAUGA